GCUACAUUCGCGUGCGUGACUAUCAUGGAGAUUCUCCUGUCUUGGUCAGCGUUCUCGAUACUGGCGAUCACGCUGAUCGCCAUAAUCUUCGUUAAAUGUAUCGCGGCGAUAUACUGGGAGCAGACGUACUGGAAAAAGAAAGGUGUGCCUUACUUGAAAUCCGUACCGCCGCUCGGUUCCAUGUACCUGCACACGUUUCGUCGAUUAAAUAUCGUCGACCACAGCCAGUUGUUGUAUAAUCUUCAUCCGGACGCCAGGUACGUGGGAUUCAUGAACCUCAUGACGCCAUCCGUGCUGAUCCGUGAUCCCGAACUGAUCCGAGACAUAGCCGUGAAACAUUUCGAUCACUUCACCGACCGCCUGCAGUUCAUCAGAGAAGAGGUGGACCCUAUAUUCGCGAAAAACGUGGCGAUACUCGGCGGCGAGCGCUGGAAGGAGAUGAGAAACAUCCUCACUCCGUCUUUCACCUCCGCCAAAAUGAAAUUCAUGUUCGGUCUGGUGUCGAAAUGCGCUCGGACGUUCGUCGAUUAUCUGAUCGACAAUCCCGAGUACACGAAGAUGGUGGACGCCAAAGACGCCUUCAGCAGAUACGCCACUGACGUCAUAUCGUCCGUCGCUUUUGGAGUGAGCGUGGACUCGAUGAAGGACCCCGAGAACGAGUUCUUCAUGCGAGGGAACACCAUCAUGACCAAAAUCUUCGGGCACCUGUACAAACUGCUGCUGACCUACGUGUUUCCACGCUUCUCGAAAAUAAUCGGAGUGAGACUCAUCGAUUCCGAGACCGUAAACUUCUUCCAUACACUCGUCUCGGAAACGGUGAAGGCUCGCAUCGAGCAGGGAAUAGUCAGACCCGACAUGUUACACCUUCUGAUGCAGGCUAAGAACAAAGAGGACCUAACGACGCCGAUGACCGUCGACGACAUCGUCUCUCAGGCCUUCAUCUUCUUCCUCGCCGGCUUCGACGCGCCCUCUAACCUGAUGGCCCACAUGGUUUACGCGCUGGCGAUGCACCCGGAGAUCCAGGAGAAGUUGCAUAACGAAGUGGAUCGCUAUUACGAGGAGUCGAACGGGGAAAUUACCUACGAAGCCCUCAUGAAAAUGGAGUACAUGGACAUGGUGAUCUCCGAGGCGAACAGGAAGUACAACAAUUCGGUGUACGUCGACCGAGUUUGUACGAAGACCUACGAAUUACCACCCCCUGCGCCUGGAUGCGCCAGCGUCACUCUGGACCCAGGUGCCAACGUGUGGUUCCCCAUUUACUCGAUGCUUCACGAUCCCAGAUUCUUUCCGGAUCCCGAAAAAUUCGAUACUGAAAGAUUCAGCGACAAGAACAAGGACAAGAUCGUUCCUUACUCGUACAUCCCCUUUGGAGUCGGACCUCGACAGUGUAUCGGUAAUAGAUUCGUGUUGAUGGAAAUCAAGAUUUUGAUGUUUUAUUUCUUGCGGAAGUUUGUGGUUAAACGGAACGAGAAGACGGUGUCGAACAUCGUUUAUGCUAAGGGCACUUUUGCGUUAGUUCCGGAGGAGAAAUUGUUGUUUACUUGGGAGAAAAGGGAUGUUUAAGUUUUUUAUAUUUUUGUAUAAAUUCUCUUUGGAUUUCGAAGAGUUCACUAGGAUAAGAUUAUGUAGUAACUUCUGAUUACCGAUUGCGACUUAUCUAAUUAGAAUCUCAAAUUCUGUACUGCCGUUACGGUAAUUAAAUUGUAUUUUGUGA